AAGCUGAAGCUGCUCAUAAAUUGCUUUGAAAAAAAAAAAAGGGAGAGAGGAGAGCUGGAGACAGAGCAGAUGCAUUGGCAGGAGAGGCUUUUUUCCCCCCACCUCCUGUCUCUUUUGUUGUGUCGGCACAGAUAAAAACCUGAUAAACCCUUGCAAGGUUGACCGUCAGCAGCAUCACCACCACCUCAUUGUGAGCCUCAUCCUUAGUCUGGAUCGGAUGCGGAGCUGGUUGUGAGACAGGCUAACAGCAGCGGGCUAGCAGGGGGGCUGCAAGGCUCUGAGGCAGCAAGGAGAGGAGGUAAAAAAAAAAAGGAGAGAGGAGGAGGAGGGGCUGUAGUGAGCUGGUGGGCUUCCUCUGCCUCACAGACACAUUUUAUUGACUUGCUAAUUGGAUCAGGCGCUCCAAGAAGAGGAUGCGGUGAACGAGAGAAGCUGCUCCCCAGAGGAAGGAUACAGGCACAAGGAGGCAUUGAAAUCUGGCUACUUCAUCAUCUUUUCUUUUUUUUUUUUACCCCAAAAAUUCUGGAGACAUAACAACAGAUGUUUUUUCCUGCAUCUUCCUGUGACCCUCGCACCGUUCAUACAUAAUUUUAUGCAUGACAUUGUCGAAUGGAGGCUCCAGCUGCUAGACGCUUCGUGACAAGUGAAUGAUUUCCAUUUCAGUGUAUUUUUGCAACCUGUUCUCUUUCACCCGUUUUUUUCCCCCCUUCUUGGACUCAUCAUCUGGAGGCUCCCUCAGCCUUGUUGGAUAUGAAUGGUAAUCUGAUGGUGAGAUAAUCCUCACCACAAAUCAAAUGUACAAGGGACUGUGUGAUGGAUAUCCUUUUGGAAAAAUGAAGUCUUUGGUCCAUGUUGUUGUGACUGAGGCGAGCAGAUCUGGCUAGAGUAAGAAAGUGGCUGCCACUGUGCUGAAGUCUGCUGCCCCAAUGAGCAAGGAAAUCAACCCGCAGAAACGCACCACCUAUCUCAUCUCCCUCACUCUGGUGAAGGUUGAGGCUGUGCCAGACGAUGUAGCUGAGAACCAGAAGGAGGCUCUUGCAGAGGGGGAAGGGAGCCCCGAGAAGGAGGAGGAGCAGGUCGUGAAGGAUGUCCCUGAAAAGGAAGAAGGACCUGUGUGUACACAAGAGGAAAAAGAUACCAAGCUGGUGGAGGAAGAGGAAUUGUUGGAGCAGGUGCAGGUUAAGUAUGGCAGCCCCAUUGAAAGCUGGGGAAAGCCUGAGAGGAGGGAAACACGUGGGCAACAAAAGGACGUAUCAGUUGGCAAGAGCAAAGACACUUUUUUUGUGCACCCACCUGUUAGGCAGAUGGUCAAAGUGUACGGAGGAACUACCUCUGAGGGGACCUUUCGCAGGGAGGGGCCUCGCUCGGACGCCAUGCGCCCAAAGACAGAGAUCUACAGGGAGCCCCCCAUGUUGUAUCUUAAGGGAGAAAAUGGAGCAGACCUGAACAGUCGCUCACGUUGCAGCCUCCCUUUCUCUGUUCAGCAGCCGGUCAGCCAGAGACCUGAAGUCCUCAUGAGGUCACAUACAGGAGCAGGUGGAAACUCUGGUGGCUGGAGGGACCUCAGAGAGGCUAACACGAGCCUCUAUCAUUCUGCUAAGACUCUGGAUCGAAGAGAUAACCGUUUUGGGGACCAGUCCCCCAUAGUGCCAGGGACGACUCUGGGUCCCUACAGGGCGUCCUGGGCCGACAGUGACGGCAGGGGGACACUGAUUCGCCCAGGAGCACCCAUGAGCGGGGGGUUUUCUGGGAUCAUGACCAGGGACAGCCCUCAGGCGGAGAGAUUUAAGACAGUUUCUGUUUCCUUCCCUGCACCUCCUGCCACUGACACAUCCAGGCCUCAGAGGAAAGGUACAAGUCGUACUCUGGAUAACAGCGACCUACAUUCCCCCUCUGACGACCCGAGGAGGGGGAAGGAGGCUCAGGGAGGAACCAUCCAGAGAGCUCCGCCUCGAGACAGGAAGAUGCUCAAGUUCAUCAGUGGCAUUUUCACCAAAAGUGCAGCUGCACCGCCCAGUGUCAACGCUGCACCGCCCCUCUAUCCAGCUAUGGAGAGAGGCUCGAGUGAGGAGGAAGCUGUGUGCACAAGCAGUCAAGAAUGGACCAUGAGCCAAACGAUACAAGAGCUUCACCUGGGUGUUUUGGGAGGUCUGUGCAGUGGGAAGUCUGCUCUGGUUCACAGACAUUUAACAGGAAGUUACCUGCAGCUGGAGAACGCUGAGGGGCGCCAGUACAUCAAGGACGUCCUGGUAGAUGGACAGAGCCACUUGCUGAUUAUCAGAGAAGAAACAGAACUCCCAGAUGCUCAGUUUGCAACUUGGGUGGAUGCAGUAAUAUUAGUCUUCAGUUUGGAAAACGAGUCCAGCUUCCAGGAAGUUUACAAAAUCUACCACCAGCUUGCCAUCCACCGACCUGUAUCGGAGAUAGCUUUCAUAGUAGUUGGCACUCAGGAUAAGAUCAGCAGCACCAACCCCAGAGUAAUCGAUGAUGCCAGGGCCCGGCAGCUCUGCUCAGAUGUUAGGCGCUGCACAUACUAUGAAACCUGCGCCACAUACGGGCUCAACGUGAACAGAGUCUUUACCGACGCUGCUCAGAAAAUCAUGGCAGCCAAGAAGCAAGCUGCUCUACUGGCUUCCUGUAAAUCUCUCCCUAACUCUCCAAGUCACUCUGGAGGCUCCACCCCAGUGUCUGGUGUGUUUCCAGGACAGGGUUGCUGUCAGGCUAUUUUCGAGAAUACAGUUGGAACAAACUCAAUUAUCUCCCUUUUCUGCUCAAUUAUCGCUUCAUCGCCCCCUCUCUCUCCGGCUCCUUCCUCUCGUCAGGCCAGUAACGGUGGUCAGAGCAGUGAUUACUCCUCAUCACUUCCCUCCACUCCUGUGAUCAGCCAUAAAGACAUCGGCAAGGCAGCCAGAGGCGAAAGACAGGAAGGUGCCACGCCUGGGUCAGUCCGCAGCACCACACGGAGACGCACGCCCAGAUUUGCGGGUCGCAGAGGCAGCGACUCAAACAGAAGGAGUGCAGACUUUAAGGGCGAUCUUGGCAGUGGGCGCUGCAUUCCCAUCAAACAGGGCAUCUUGCUGAAGCGCAGUGGGAACUCGCUCAACAAAGAGUGGAAGAGGAAGUAUGUGACGCUGUCCAACGAUGGCAUACUGUCCUAUCACUCCAGUGUCAAUGACUACAUGCUGAACACCCCAGGGAAAGAGAUGGACCUGCUGCGAGUAACAGUAAAGGUACCAGGAAAGAGACCGCCUCGUGCCGUACCCGCUGCACCCACCGGUGGCCUCCAAGUCGGGCUCAACGGGCGGGUUAAAGAUGUGCCAGGACCAGAUGGCCUCAGCCCAGUGCCUGUAUGUGCCAGCAGUCUACUGCAGGUGGAGGAGAUGGAAGGGCUGGGGGGUGCACUGUUCCUGAGGAGUAACAGAGGAGUGCAGCGAUGCCCCUCUACACUGUCCAACCACGCUCAAAGUGUUGACUCUGCAGUCGAGGGUGUCUCCAGCUCCUCCUCCACCAAAGACUUUGGCUCCUCCUCCCCAGUGACAGACAGAAAGAAGCACCGCAGAAAGAAGAGUAUGAACAUGAAAGGAGAUGCAACACUUGGGCAAGCAGACGCCAAGCGCAAAAUGUGGAAACUUAAAAGCCUUGGUAGCUUAAGAAACGUGAGCAAAACAGAUGAGGAUAACUAUGAUUUCCUUGUGGUGUCGAGCACUGGCCAAACGUGGCACUUUGAAGCCCAGAGUGUAGAGGAGAGAGACUCCUGGGUCCAAGCCAUCGAGAGCCAGAUCCUGGCUAGCCUGCAGCUGUGUGAGAGCAACAAAAACAAGGCGCGCAAAAACAGCCAGAGUGAAGCGGUGGCACUGCAAGCGAUCCGCAACGCAAAGGGCAACAACUUCUGUGUUGACUGCGACGCUCCGAAUCCAACAUGGGCCAGUCUGAACCUGGGUGCUCUCAUAUGCAUCGAGUGCUCAGGGAUCCACAGAAACUUGGGGACUCACCUGUCACGUGUCCGCUCGCUGGACCUCGAUGAUCUGCCACGAGAGCUCACGCUUGUUCUCAGUGCCAUCGGCAACCACAUGGUGAACAGUAUAUGGGAGGCACGCACACUGGGCCAUCGUAAACCUGCACCCGAUGCCACACGUGAGGAGCGGGAGUCUUGGAUCAGGGCCAAAUAUGAGCAGAAACUCUUUGUGGCGUCGUUGCCUCCUCCCACUCCUGGUGAGGGCCCAGACAUCACACUCUCGGGCCGUCUUCUUUUGGCAGUGAUGGAGCACAACCUCCCCAAGCUGCUGCUCCUUUUGGCCCACUGCACUAAGGAGGACAUGAACGCCCCCCUCAGCCUGGCCAUCUCUUCCAGGUCGCUCAUGGCGCUGCGACUGCCCGCCUCGGCUCUGCAUGCAGCCUGUCAGCAGGGUGAAGUGGUGAUGACACAGCUGCUAGUUUGGUACGGCUGUGAUGUUCGAUACCGGGACGCUCAGGGGCAGACGGCGCUGGUUCAUGCUCGCGGCGCCGGCAGUCAGGAGUGUGUCGACAUCUUGCUGCAGCAUGGAUGUCCUAAUGAACUCUCCCCCUCUGUCGCCUCAGCGGUCAGCUUUGCAGCUGCUACAACAUCCAGCUUCCCUGUUGCCAUGACACCGAGCCUGACAGUUGCCACUACACUGAGGAUCUCGCACAGGAGCGGUGGCACCAGCUUGAGCUACAGCACCACUAGAAGAGCGGUGUCAUAAUGAGGAUGCAGGGUGGUGAAGUGUGUGUGUGUGUGUGUGUGUGUGUGUGUGUGUGUGUGUGUGUGUGUGUGUGUGUGUGUGUGUGUGUGUGUGUGUGUGUGUGUGUGUGUGUGUGUGUGUGUGUGUGUGUGUGUGUGUGUGUGUGUGUGUGUGUGUGUGUGUGUGUGUGUGUGUGUGUGUGUGUGUCUGAGUAAGUGUGUGUAUCGCUGCUUGAGAAUGAUUGAACCAAAAAAAAAAAUAGUUUUCCUGAAUACACUUUCUAUACAGAGACAAAGAGAAAAGAAACAUUACAUCCAGAUGCCUCUGCAUUCAGAUUUGAAAGGAAUGUAUUGCACUGUAUACCAGCUGGUAUGAUUUAUAUUUCAUCAUGCAGUCUUCUUCAGUCUCCUCUCAUUUAAGAACAGGACUUUGCUUUCGGCCUCAAACAGCAUAGCUGAACAUCCCUGGGUCAGAAGAAAAGAACUGCGAUAAGUUUACAAAUUAAACUUUCAAGUCCGUCUCUAUCUGCCUAAAAAUUUGGACAUAAAAAAAAAAAACCCGUCCACACUUCCUUAUUCUACGGACAGUGAAUGUCAGUUUAACAUUCAGAGUGCAUAUACUGUGUUAGGCUCAGCACAGCUGGUCGUUCAGUGCUUCAGUUAUGUUGUGUGUGUUGAGAGAAAAAAAAAACCUUUACAGUGGCUAAAAAAAGAGGGUCUGUUUUAAAGAUAAUCAGAAUAACUGUAUAGAAAUGGUAUGAUAAAAUAUAAUUCUAAAACUUUAAAAGUGCUUCAUUUUAAAGAUUGUUAUUGUAUGAUUUGUACAGCUGUUUCUGUGUAUAAAACUCAAAGAGGUACUCAUGAGCUGUGCAGCCUCUCGGUUUCCUUUAAUAACUGCCUGUUUAACUCUGACAUCCAGGACGGAGAUUUCUAUGUUUGUUUCUCUGUGUGUGACAUGAACACUGUACAUGAGGCGUCCAGCAGCAGCAGCAGCUCAUGAUCAAGGCGAGUGUAAUACUAGAUGUGCAACAGAACAAGUGCAAUGCCUUGAUUUUGAUUGAAUGUAUACAAAAAACAGAUGGUUUGAUCUCUUUAUGUCAGAUACUAAUGUAUUUUAGAGAUAUAUUCUGGUUUGAUGAACUGUUGGGGAUUUUUUUUUUUACUAAUUUUAUCCCUCCUGUGACUAAUUAAAUAGUAUGGUUAAAGAAGUUAAAACUUGGCAUAGGUUCUGAGCUAUAAAACGGGGCCUUUGAGAAAAAAGUCUUAAAAAACAACCCUCCUGCAGUAAUGUAUGUAUUUUUGUGUUAAUCUUAUAACUCCGCUGAGUGUACAUGUCUGUGAUGUAAACAUCUCUCUCCAUUUGUAUUUUUUUACUCAUGCAAUGAUUCAUAGAGCAUUCAUUAUCAAUACACUGAGGCUACUGUCCACGCUGUGCCAUUA